AUGGCUGCGUCUCACCCACCCUUCGGCUCGCGCUCAGCAUACGCAGGAGCAGGCACGAAACUCCCCGAGCGUCCGAAUCCUAUGCCGUUUAGCGCGUCGGCUUUUUCACGAAACAGAGGCCUCGGUGGUGCGAAUACAGACUCGGCGCAACCACCACCGCCAGUCCCUCCCACGCAUUCACAGAGUCAUGCUGCAGGAACAAUGAUAGGACAAGACGUCAGCGGGGCUUCGAGUUCCUUGAGUCGGUUGACCGAGGAACAGCGAGAGGAAAUAAAUGAAGCUUUUACUCUCUUCGACCUCGACCGCGACCGCCAUCUUGACUACCACGAACUUCGAGUAGCACUCCGGGCUCUCGGCUUUACUCUACCGAAGCAAGAACUCAUCUCCCUCCUCACAACAUAUGGCGUUCCACGGCCGCAAGUCCAGCAGCAACAAGGUGGACAAGGCGGGCAAGGACAACAACCAUCAUCACAACACCUGAAUAAAAACAACAAUCCGCCCCCGCACCCUUCGUCUCUCUUGAUGCCCCUCUCCGCCUUCCAAACAGUCACCGCACACAAGAUUCUCGAGCGAGAUCCGCGAGAAGAAAUCCUUCGAGCUUUCGAAUUGUUUGAUGAAGGUGGCAAGGGAUACAUCGACCUUGAAGACCUCCGUCGAGUGGCAAGAGAAUUGGGCGAGACGGGGCUUGAAGAGGAUGAAUUAAGGGCUAUGAUUGAAGAAUUCGACCUUGAAGGAGUUGGCGGUGUUACCAGGGAUGGAUUUCUGAGUAUUUGUUGGCAAUGA